AUGCCACAAAGAGUUCCCGUUCCGAACAAUCGACAAGUUUUCUGGGCAUACUGGCGACCAAAAGUGACCAUAACCAUUCACUCGAAUGGCAAUGCUGUUAAAACAGUGCUUACAAAUAUUUCUGACCUUGCACAGUCGUUAAAAGUUCCAGAAAAAGUUGUCGUGAAGUAUUUGGGUCUAAAAUUGGGAGCUCUUGCAGUGUUUCAAUCAAGUCAAUCCUUUCUAACAGGACGGUACACUGUUGAAAUGAUUGAAGAAUUUUUGGAACAAUUUGUUGCAGAGUUUCUUUUGUGUUCGAAAUGUAAAAUACCAGAAAUUACAUUUUACAAGCAAGUCGUUCAUCCCACAUUUGUGUUUCAUAGGGAACCAAUAUUGAGAGUGUGUAUGGCGUGUGGAAUGGAAAAUUCACCCAUUUCUUCUGACUUGAAAUUGCAUUCCGUGAUGUCAUGUUGUGUUGAUAACCAAUGGAUGAAAGUUAAAUUAUCUCCAAAAGCAAGAUCUGUAAAAUGCAUGUUUGACAAUUUAAGUAUUGCAAUUCUGCAACACGAGAGUACUUGUUAUGAUGGUGACAAGUGUAUUCAUUUGCUGAGUGAUAUUUCAAUUUGCUGUGAUUGA